AUGGUUCAACACUCCGUCUCCUGGUUCAACACUCCAUCUCCUGGUUCAACAAUCCGUCUCCUGGUUCAACACUCCGUCUCCUGGUUCAACACUCCGUCUCCUGGUUCAACACUCCGUCUCCUGGUUCAACAAUCCGUCUCCUGGUUCAACACUCCAUCUCCUCGUUCAACAUUCCGUCUUCUGGUUCAACAAUCCGUCUUCUGGUUCAACAUUCCAUCUCCUGGUUCAACAUUCCGUCUCCUGGUUCAACAAUCCGUCUCCUGGUUCAACACUCCAUCUCCUGGUUCAACAUUCCGUCUCCUAGUUCAACACUCUGUCUUCUGGUUCAACACUCCGUCUCCUGGUUUAGCACUCCGUCUCCUGGUUCAACACUCCGUCUCCUGGCUCAGCAUUCCGUCUCCUGGUUCAGCAUUCCGUCUCCUGGUUCAACACUCCUUUCCCUGGUUCAACACUUCGUCUCCUGGUUCAAUACUCUGUCUCCUGGUUCAACACUCCGUCUCCUGGUUUAGCACUCCGUCUCCUGGUUCAACACUCCAUCUCCUGGUUCAACAUUCCGUCUCCUCGUUCAACACUCCGUCUUCUGGUUCAACACUCCGUCUCCUGGUUCAACACUCCGUCUCCUGGUUCAGCAUUCCGUCUCCUGGUUCAGCAUUUCGUCUCCUGGUUCAACACUCCUUUCCCUGGUUCAACACUUCGUCUCCUGGUUCAACACUCUGUCUCCUGGUUCAACACUCCGUCUCCUGGUUUAGCACUCCGUCUCCUGGUUCAACACUCCAUCUCCUGGUUCAACAUUCCGUCUCCUCGUUCAACACUCCGUCUUCUGGUUCAACACUCCGUCUCCUCGUUCAACACUCCGUCUUCUGGUUCAACACUCCGUCUCCUGGUUCAACACUCCGUCUCCUGGUUCAGCAUUCCGUCUCCUGGUUCAGCAUUUCGUCUCCUGGUUCAACACUCCUUUCCCUGGUUCAACACUUCGUCUCCUGGUUCAACACUCUGUCUCCUGGUUCAACACUCCGUCUCCUGGUUUAG